AACAACCCAGAAGAAAAAAAAAUUCAGCCACCGCGCGGUUUCCUUUAAUUCCUGUUGGGUAGGGUUGUACUGUGUCUGUAACCUUGGUAACGGACAACUUCCUGUGGUCGGGUUCAGGCUGAAGAUGGCGGAGGAGAAUUCCCAAACGGAUCUUCAGCUUCCUGUGGCCACUGAAGUUAAGAAGCCUAGCUCCAAAAAAGCACCGGUGCUGCCCAUUUUUGAAAGAAGGAACUGGCUGAUCCAUCUCCACUACAUCCGAAAAGACUAUGAAACCUGCAAGGCGAUUAUCAAAGAACAGCUACAGGAGUCCCAGGGAAUGUGUGAAUAUGCUGUUUAUGUCCAAGCUUUAAUAUUCCGUCUUGAAGGGAAGAUUCAGGAAUCCCUGGAGCUUUUUCAGACUUGUGCAAUUCUCAAUCCCCACAGUCCAGACAAUCUAAAACAAGUGGCCAGAUCACUGUUUCUGCUUGGUAAACACAAAGCUGCCAUUGAAGUUUACAAUGAGGCCAUUAAACUCAAUCAGAAUGACUGGGAGGUUUUCUACAAUCUUGGUGUGUGCUAUAUGUACCUGAAGGAUUUUAAACAUGCAAAAGAGAUGAUGAAUUGUUCUCUGCAGCUGAAUAAACAUGACAUAACGUUCAUGAUGCUUGGGAAGAUCUAUCUACUAGAAGGAGACACAGACGGUGCAAUUGAAGUGUAUAAAAAGGCUGUGGAGUUUUCUCCUGAGAACACUGACCUUCUGACGACCCUUGGGUUACUCUACCUGCAGCUUGGAGUUUAUCAGAAGGCAUUUGAACACCUUGGGAAUGCUCUCACCUAUGAUCCCAACAACUAUAAGGCUAUAUUGGCUGCAGGCAGCAUGAUGCAGACCCAUGGAGAUUUUGAUGUGGCCAUGAACAAGUACCGUGUUGCUGCCUGUGCCAUCCCGGAGAGCCCCCCACUAUGGAACAACAUAGGAAUGUGUUUCUUUGGGAAGAAGAAAUAUGUAGCAGCAAUCAGCUGUUUGAAGCGAGCGAAUUACCUGUCUCCUUUCGACUGGAAGGUCUUGUAUAACCUGGGGUUGGUCCAUCUCACCAUGCAGCAGUAUGCUUCCUCCUUUCAUUUCCUGAGCGCAGCCAUCAACCUCAAUCCCAAGAUGGGCGAGCUCUUCAUGCUGCUGGCUGUGGCCCUGACUAACCUGGAUGAUCUUGAAAAUGCCAAAAGAUCAUACAAGCAAGCAGCUGCUUUGGACCAGACCAACCCGCUGAUCAGUAUGAACUAUGCCAUCUUCCAGUAUAACCAGGGCUUAAAGAAGGAAGCUUUGCAGCAGUUUCAGGAUAUGGAGAAGAGGGUGAACAAACUCAAGGAGAGCAACAGCAAUACUGAGUUUGAUCCUGAGUUGGUUGAUAUGGCUCUGAAGAUGGGAGCAGCCCUCCAGGUCGGGGAGAAUCUCGUUUGGACCAAGCCAACCAAGGACUCCAAAUCUAAGCAGCGAUCUGCCACCUCCAUCAAAUCCACCAGCUCUCAGCAGCCUCUGGGCACUAACCAGGCUUUGGGGCAGGCCAUGUCAUCCGCUGUUGGUUACAGCAAAAACAUGCAGCUGCCUGGAGGUGGUGGAGCUCCGAUCCAGCAGAAGUCCCCCUCUCUGCCCCUGGAGUCAGAGCCCAGUGCCGAGGCUGCCCCAGAGGAACCCACCUCCCCCACUGAAACCAAGGACAAGAAGAAAGAGAAGAGGAAAUCCAAGCCGCUGGCUGAGUAGAAAUCCACAUCAAGGAAAGUCAUAUUCUGCUGCACAGGAGUGGCUAGCAACAAGCCUGUCUGUCGUUUUUUUAAAAAAGGAUCCUUGGUGUGGUUUGUUUUGCACGGAUGCAGUUAAUUAUUUAAUGUGCACAAUUCUGUACUGCGUGCAAUACUCCACUGCAGAUGUGCAAAGCAAGGCAGCCAUGUCAAAGUUAUUAAAAAAAAAAAAUGGAAAGGUAAAAACAUUAGACCCUUUUGUGCAGCCGAAUGGAGGAAUAAACCUGUACAUUAAUGAUGGCAUUUUCACAAGAGGGUUACACAACCAUUUCUGCUAGGUAUAUUGUACAAUAUUUGAUCAAUGGUUGUUUACAGGGAAUGGGUUUUUACCAAUCAGCUUUCUUCUUAUUUAUUUUCACUUGCUGGUACAAAAAAAUGCUCAUAACCAUUCUAUUUUGUUUAACUCACAUUAGUUGUUACUCUGCAAGCGUAGUGAUUUUAAAUCUGUUUCUUUCAUGGGACCUUUUUUUUUUUUUUUUUAAUGCAAAAAAAAAAAAAAGCAGCUAGUUUUGUUUUAAAUAAAGUGUUCAGUUGUAUACAAGUGCAAAUGCCUGCCUUUAAUGUUUUAAAAUUUUUACCUAUUUCAUUGUUUAUCUGAGGAACAUUAAAUGCUUCAGGCUGCUAAACUGCAUAUUUAUUUCAAGAGCCUACUUGCAUCUACAUACACCCUAUUCACGGCGUUCUGUUGCAGUAAAAAAAAGUAUUUAAGUUAGUUUCUUGUGAUAACUUUGUCUUUAUUAUUUUGUCAUGGCAGUGAAGCAUUAGGAAGUGGGAGGAUUCCUGGCAGAUGCAUCAUCUUUUUGGAUCUUGAGACUUAGAAAAGCAUGCACGGACUACCACAGGCUCGGACGGAUUUAAAGUCAACGUCUGUCCUGGCUCGUCCCGGGAGGUGUGGAACUCCAGGGGGGCUUUGAGGACCACUCUGUUCACGUCGAUCUCCUGUGUGCCGCAGGCCUGGCUCCCAGCCACCCUGGCGCCAGCAGACACGGCAGACACCUGGUUGGCCCAGAAGCCAUCGACUGUGGCCAGGAUGUGAGCGCCAAGGUGCUGCUGGAAGGGGGUGUGUAUAGGAGCCCUUCCCACCUCUUUGAGACGCUCCUCCCAGAGCUCCCUGCCCUGGCCCUCCAUCAUGUGCAGCCCGGACAGCACCACCAGCUGGGGCUGGAACUCUUCC